AUGAGCAAUAAAGGCGGGCCGACUCAGUCGUCCCUCCAUGCAUUCUUCGCGCCUAAGCCGACGCAGUCUGGGCGUACCGCCAACGAUGCUGUGGACUUAACUGGCUCUCCGCCGCGGAAGCGAGCGCGCCCCUCGUCGCCUUCCUCCACUUGUGCACCACCAGCAAAGCGCACAGAGUCCUCCAAAAAUAGCUCGAGUUAUUUCAAGUCGCCGGCACGACCACAUUCCAAGGCGCCACCCGCGUCGUUCGAAGAUUACCGCCUUUCCCGCACCAGGGAAGGUUGGGAAAGUGGGUCGGCUCGUCCACCCCGAGAGCCUCGUUCCGAAGAGGCACAGGCGCGACAUGAGGCCUUCCUUCGUGUUGUAGAGGGACCUGGGUUCAAGCGCCGCCGUUCACUUCUCCUCGACGAGGCGAUGGCCGCUGAGGCCCGCCGUGCGGAUGGAGGUGAUUGCGAGGAGCUGUCCGCAGACGCCACACCAGAAGUUGAGGAGGCUGUCUCUGCGCUCCGCACCAAGUAUGCUGCUCCAGCGAAGCGCGGACGGAACAAGAAGGAAGAAGAGAUGGGACCGAGUGGGAUGACGUACACUCCGCUCGAGAAGCAGUUCAUGGAGAUCAAGGCCAAGUGGCCAGACGUGCUGCUCAUGAUGGAGGUCGGAUACAAGUACAAAUUCCACGGAGAAGACGCAAAGACAGCUGCCCGGGAACUCGGCAUCAUGGCCUUCCCAAACCGCAACUUCUACACCGCGUCUAUUCCUGCGCACCGGCUCCACAUUCACGUGAAGAAGCUCAUCUCUCUCGGAUACAAGGUCGGCGUCGUGUCGCAGAUGGAGACGGCUGCGCUGAAGAAGGUCGGCGACAAUCGGAACACACCUUUCGUUCGCGAGCUCACAAACUUGUACACAGCGGCGACUUACGUCGAGGAGUCAUCCGUGUCGUCGAGCAACCUGAAAGACGGGCCACUACUACCGGGGGCGGCCCCACCACCGACAAACGCGCUGGUCGCACUUGUCGAGGCAGACACAGGCGACCGCGCGCGCAUAGCGCUUGUAAGCGUCGUCCCGAACACAGGCGAAGUCGUGUACGACGAGUUCGAUGACUCGCCUGUGCGCUCCGAGCUGGAGACCCGUCUCACACACCUGCAGCCCGCCGAGCUUAUCCUCCCGAAGACCAAGCUUAGUAAGACAACCGAGAAGGUGCUCAAGUACAUCACACACUCGUCACCAGGCGAGACGGUGCGUGUCGAGCGCGUCGACGUGCCGGAGUACAGCGAGGCGUUCGACUUCCUCGCCGAGUUCUACAAGAGCAAGGGCCUGGGGAAAGAACAGGAGCCAAUACACCUGACGGACGCGGAAGGUUGGGACGUGCUCAUGCGCGAGGAUGGCGAUGGGGAGCAAGUUGAGGACCCCAUACGCGUGGCACGCGGUUUCCCUCAUGCCGUCUUGGCACUGGUCAACUUCCCGAAGCAGGUUGCCGUCGCCCUGGCAAUUGAGAUCUACCGGAAUCAGACGGAUGGAGGAGCCUUAGGUAGUCUCCUGUGGCUUCUUGACCACACCAAGACCCGUAUGGGCCGCCGCCUCAUGCGAGAAUGGAUCGGCCGACCAUUGCUCGACGUCCACGCCCUACGCACCCGCAUUGAUGCGGUCGAGGAGGUCAUGACAAACAACACUUACCACAUGGAGAAGCUGCGCAGCUUGCUGGUCAAUAUGCCAGACCUCGUGCGCGGUCUUACACGCGUGCAGUAUGGCAAGGUAACCCCUAGCGAGCUCGCGACGAUUCUCACUGGUCUGCAGCGUAUCGCCAGCGAGUUCAGAUUGAACGAAGGCAAGGUGUUCAAGUCAGAACUGUUGAACAGCAUCCUCGCCAGCUUACCAACGAUUCUGGAACCCACGAAGGAGCUUCUCGGGAUGAUCGACAUGAAAGCGGCGAAGGCGAAUAACGAGGGAGAUUUGUGGGUCGAUGUUGACAAGUAUCCCGACGUUCAAGAGGCCAAGGAUUGCAUCGCGUUGUCUGAGAGUGAGCUCGAUUUUCAUCUCAAGGACGUCCGCAAGACUGUGCGGCGUCCAGCCCUCAACUACAUCACGGUCAGUGGGAUCGAAUACCUUGUGGAGGUUCCUGUACGCGACGCAAAAAGCGUGCCCGCGAAGUGGGUCAAGAUCAGCGCGACGAAGAGCGUCGUCCGUUUCCACACGCCCGAGAUCAUGCGCCUGAUGAAGGAUCGUGAGCAGCAUAAGGAACUACUCGCCAACGCCGCGAAGGGCGCCUUUCAGGAUUUCCAAGCACAGGUGGCGGAGCGACAUGACUUGCUUGUCGUCGCCAGGCAAGUCGCCGUCGUCGAUUGCCUGCUCUCCCUCGCCAAGGUUGCGCUCGCGGGCGGGUACACAAAGCCCGAAUUUGUGGCUGAGCCACGCUUGGACAUCGAGGGCGGACGACACCCCAUGGUCGAGGCGCUGCGUGAAGACCAGUACGUCCCCUUCGACGUAUCAUUCAGCGACGCCGAUGGGCACGCUAAGGUGAUCACCGGUCCGAACAUGGCGGGCAAAAGCAGCUGCGUGCGCGCCAUUGCCCUCAUCGUGUGUAUGGCCCAGAUCGGCUCGUUUGUACCCGCCUCCAAGGCGGUGCUGGGCUUACACGACGCUGUGCAGACACGCAUGGGUGCGGCGGACGACCUUGGGCGCGGCAAAAGUACAUUCAUGGUCGAGCUGAGUGAGACCAGCGACAUCCUGCGCACCGUGACGCCUCGCACAUUGGUCAUCCUUGAUGAGCUUGGUCGCGGCACGAGCACUUACGACGGCGUGGCGAUCGCGUACGCCACCCUCGCACACCUGGCGGGUACUGGCGCCAACACACUCUUUGUGACCCACUACCCGAUGGUUGCGGAGCAGCUCGCACAGGAGUUUCCCACCGCUGUGAGCAACUGGCACAUGGCCUUCUCGCAGCGCACAGCGUCGGACGGAUUCGAAGAGAUCACUUUCUUGUAUCGCCUGGAGCGUGGUUUGGCAGACGCCAGCUUCGGAGUCUGGUGUGCGCGCUUGGCUGGCCUCCCGACGUCCAUCCUGCUCCGUGCGCAGGAGCGUGGGGACUCGCUCAAGGCUGACACGCGCGAGCGCGGCAUCACAGCCGUCGGGGCUGCCCUGCGUGCACUUCUUGAUGUGGCGAAAGAUGAGGACGGAGGCCGCAGGGCUGAAGUGGCUGAGGUGGAGCGGGCGGCGCGUCGACUCGACAGCGCGCUCGCGUUCGUACGCGCUGCGCCGCGUGAUUCUGGCGCAGGCACUCCUGCAUCAUGA